CAUCCAGAUCUUCAAGGCAUUGCUGUCCAGACUUCUUAAUGCAGUUGCUUGUUGAAAGAAGGCUUUUCUGUUUCCAAGAGGCUAGCAGGCACCAGGAAGGAAGCCCUUUAACCCCAACCCUUCAUCUUCUCUCACCCUGGGGAGGUGGAGGAGCCAACAUAGGGCCAGGUUAGAGAGCCCUAACCCUGGUCUCUCAAGGCUAAAAGGAGACACCAAUGUUACCUCAUAUACCCUCCCUCCAUCCUAGACCUGGAGUCUCUGUAGGGCCUGUGAGAAGUGGCCUUCCAGCCUCCCGCAAUGCUCCCAGUGGCCAGCUGCUCAUUACCUUAGAGGAGCCCUUUCUGUUACUGGACUGAAAUCUGUCAGAAGUCCCAGGACUAGAGCCCAGCCCUCUGUCUCUCCUCUCUCAGGACAUAAGCAGCCCGCAGCCUAUGCAGAAACCAGGGCUCCUCGACUCAGCCGGGGACAGGAGGUGUGGGGCAGAUGGGUGGGUUGGGAGGGGCUCAGAAGAUCAGCCAGCCUGCCAGCCUUUAUGAAGUAAGAUGUUAGCACCAAUUCCUGUGAAUUCCCAGAGCCUUGGACAUGCCUUACCUCCAAAGAGAGUACAGAUGCACAUUCCAAAACCAAGGUGAAUUUAUUCCCUGAUGUUUAAAUUAUUUGUGACUUGGCCUAGUGGCUUGUGACACUGGUUUGAGAUGUGGGGAAGGAAAUACCUAUCAGCCUCCCUGAAAUCUGAACCAGCUGGAGCUGGGCAGAUGCAACCGAUCCCAAGGUCACAGCCCUGCUCAAGGCAAAGGGAAUAAGAACUUGGCCAGAGCCUCUAGGGGUACCUGGCAUUUCACUGUUGGCCAGUGGGCCAAGCAUUCCCUAAUCCCAGCCCACUGCCCACCCCACCACAUAGGGAUCUUUGAAACCCCUGGGUCUGUGAGUUCUCCAGGGCAGCAAACCCCCACCCCCUUCUCCUGGCCACCCUCCCCCAUCCUGGGACAGGCUCUGCAGGGCUGACUCAGGGUCCUGCAGAGUUAGUCACAUUCACUUAUAGCUGCAGAGUCAGAGGCCAGGGAUGGGGAUCGGGUCUCCAAGGCCCGCCCCCUACCGGGCAGGACAUUUGUCAUCUGGCAAAGGGCAUAGGCACCCAAGCGGGGCAGGAUCUGGAGGCUCCCCAGGCCCUCUGUGGCCUCUCCUCAACAAGGACAGCCAGUGGUAAGAUGUGGCCACAUUCCUGUGCCCCCGGCCCCAGGGAAGGGGGAGAAGGUAUGUGCGGCUGAGGACCCUAAAUAAAUUCCAUGUGUAUUUAUUUUUCAGUUGUGAGCUAUAUCAUACAUGCUGAAGAGUGCAUAAAAUGUAUUUAUUUAAUUGAAAGAAUGCCUUUAUAGUGAAAGCCUGUGUAACCACUACGCAGGACAGGAAUCAAGACCUCAUUAGUGGCCCUGAGCUCCAAUCACAUACAUCCCCGUCGCUGCCCCCAGGGGCCAGCACUCUCCUGACUCUCCCUGUCUUCUUUUGUAGAGAUGCCCCUUGAAGAAGAGAGGUGGUGCCGCCUGUGUGUGAAUUGAACACGAGUGGGAAUCACACCACUCUGUGUGUCCAGCUCCUUUUGCUCCCCAUUAUGUCUGUUAGGUCACCCGUGUAGCUGAAGUUUUUAUUCUAGUUUUGGUUUCUAGGUGCAGAGACACUGCACAGUUAAUUAUGGAUCCCCUUGCUGAGGGAGGGCUGCUUUCUCCAGAUUUGGCGACUGCAGACAACACUGCCGUCAGCAUUGGCAUGUGUGUCUCCUGGGGUGCAGGUGUGAGGGUUUCUGGGGUGGGCCAUAGAGUUUGAACAUUUUCAACUUGACCAGAUGCUCACCCACUUUUGUCCAAAGAGAAUGCUCCCAUCUACACUCCCACCAGCAAUGGGUGUUCUUGUUCCUCCCCCUCCUCCCUAACACAUGUUAUUUUCAGGGUUAUUAAAUCAUCACCAAUCUUAACGUUUUAUUGGAUGAAUGACUCAAGGACUAGCAAUUUGGUCCUGCCUGCCUCAUUUUCCCUAUGGCAUGUACGUGUCCAUGCCAUGCCCUGCUUUGAAGCGUCUAGACGUCUCAGAGUGCUGUCCUUCUCCAAGUUCUCUUCCAAAUCUUCCUUAUGACUUUAUUCCACCCUCAAGGGCUAGGUGGGGGACUCUCAUGGUGCUGUCUUUAGCAGAUAGGGAGACCAAGGGCCAGGCCAGGGGUUGGGGAGGCUGGGUGACCAGGGGACUUAGUUUCCCUUCCUGGGGUCCCAUUGCCCUAAGAUCCUCCUCCAAUCAUCCCCGCCUCAGGCAUCCCAAUGCCCUCCUUUUCUUGGCCCUCAACCUCACACAGCACAAGUGAAGCUCCUCGGGAACGUGAGGACCAGGGAAUUGUGGGAAUUCCCUGGCAACAAAGCGGGGAGUGCUCUCUGGGGAAGCCUGUUUCAGGCUGUCUGGACCCCAGCACCCAAGCUGAGAAGCCUUGAGCACAAGGGCCCCACAGAAGCCAAACAUGCAGAGUCUGAUCUGGGUUUAUUCUCCAGAUGAAAGCUCUUGUUCCCAAAUGCCCUGACCCCUGGCACAGGCUCCCGGCAAGUCCCAUCUCACCCAUCUGUACCCUCCUCCCAUCUGGGCACCAGAACCCCAGCUACUGAGAUCCAAUCAGGGUGAUGGACAAGGUCCCGUGCUCCUCAAGGGACCCUUACAGUUCCUCCCCCAGAGCUAUUCCUGGCUUAGGCUCCUCCCACGCUCUGGUCCCCCUGCCUGACCUGACCCCACAGCUGGGAAUCAUUUGCUUGGGGGUGGGGCAGCCCCCCUGACUAUAUAUGCCUGGACCUAGGUGUCCCAGGCACCCUGGAAGCACAGACCCUCCACUGCUAAUCCCUGCACACUCCAGCCUGACCCCUCAGCCAACCCCAGCAAUGACAGGAAAAGCCACCUUGGAGGCCCCCGACUGUGGUCCAGAGGAGACUGCCUCUGAAUCUGCAAAUGUGCCCGCCACAGAGCCCUCUGGAGAAGUGACAGCUCCGAAGUCUACGGGGGAAGAGCAGACUCCCAAGCCACAGGAACCUGCCCCUCAUGCACCUGCCCCCGAUGCCCCCGCAGCCAGUAAACCUGCACCUCCGAGUGAAGAUGUCCCCAGUGCCCCGCUGCUGCUGGCCGUGGAGGACGUGGGUGAUAGCUCGGUGACUGUGAGCUGGGAGCCCCCGGAGUGGCUAGGGAAGCUGGGUUUCCAGGGCUACGUGCUGGAACUCCGCCGAGAGGGAGCCUUGGAGUGGGUGCCUGUGAACACCCGGCCCAUGAUGGUGACCCAGCAGACCGUGCGGAACCUGGCUCUGGGUGACAAGUUCUUCGUGCGUGUGACUGCGGUGAGCUCUGCAGGGGCUGGCCCACCGGCUGUGCUGGAUCAGCCUGUCCACAUCCAAGAGACCAUUGAGGCCCCCAAGAUCCGUGUUCCCCGCCACCUUCGUCAGACCUAUAUCCGUCAGGUGGGAGAAGCAAUUAACCUGCAAAUCCCCUUCCAGGGGAAUCCCACGCCUCGGGUCUCAUGGACCCAUAAUGGCCACGCCCUGGACAGCCAGCGGGUGAACGUGCGCACUGGGGACCAGGACUCCAUCCUCUUCAUCCGCUCAGCCCAGCGCUCGGACUCAGGCUGCUAUGAGCUCACCGUCCAGCUGGAAGGCCUGGAGGCCAAGGCAGCCAUUGACAUCCUGGUGAUUGAGAAACCCGGAUCCCCCAGCAGCAUCAGGCUACUGGACGUCUGGGGCUGCAAUGCUGCCCUUGAGUGGACACCACCCCAGGACACAGGCAACACAGAGCUUCUGGGCUACACAGUGCAGAAGGCAGACAAAAAGACAGGGCAAUGGUUCACGGUGCUGGAGCGCUACCACCCGACCACCUGCACCAUCACUGACCUCAUCGUGGGCAACUCUUACUCCUUCCGGGUCUUCUCGGAAAACCUGUGUGGACUCAGUGACUCGGCCGCUGUCACCAAAGAGCUCGCCCAUAUCCAGAAGACAGAUAUUGUUGCCAAACCUAAAAGCUUUGUUGAGCGAGACUUCUCAGAAGCCCCUUCAUUCACCCAACCCCUGGCUGACCACACCUCUACCCCUGGCUACAGCACUCAGCUCUUCUGCAGUGUCCGAGCAUCACCCAAGCCCAAGAUCAUCUGGAUGAAAAACAAGAUGAACAUCCAGGGUGACCCCAAAUACCGGGCCAUCUCUGAGCAAGGUGUCUGUACCCUGGAGAUCCGGAAACCCAGCCCCUUCGAUUCCGGGGUCUAUACCUGCAAGGCCAUCAAUGUGCUGGGGGAGGCAUCUGUGGACUGCCGGCUGGAGGUCAAAGCCUCAGCCACACACUGAAGAGCCCCUGGAGGAGGCCGUGAUGAGGAGAAAGGUGCUGCAGGCCUGAGGGGUCAGGGCAGCCGGGCCCAGAAUCAAGCUCCACGGAUGCCCCAGAUUCCCGUUUCCACAGUGACAGCUGAUGGCUUUGCUCCUUGGUACCUGCCAGCCCCCUUCCUCCCCCAAGAGUGGGCCUAGCAGGUCUCAGGCCAGGCUUCCUGGACACAAGGGGCCCCAGAAGGUGCUAAGAUUGGAGCACUGCUGCAGAGAGUAGUGCGCUGGGCGUGAAGCACUUGAAUAAAGGUGUGUGGUGUUACAGUG